AUGAAUAAGCUUUGUUUAUUGUUCUCUUUGCUGCUUGUGGUUGCUUUUGGUUUCGUCAAUGGUGGAAAACUGGAAUAUGACAUUGACAAAUCGAAAGAGAAAAUCGGAAUAUAUGAGCUGAAGAAUGGGAACAUGUCUGUUAAGUUCACCAACUGGGGUGCAACCAUUAUGUCACUUGUUAUUCCAGACAAACAUGGGAAACGGGGUGAUAUUGUUCUUGGAUAUGAUACUGUAAAGGAUUAUAAGAACGAUACAACAUUCUUCGGUUCCGUAGUCGGACGGGUUGCAAAUCGAAUCGGAGGUGCAAGAUUUUCUUUGAACGGAGCUCAAUAUAAACUGCCGAAAAACGACGGGAAUAACACACUUCACGGUGGUCCUAAAGGAUUCGCUGAUGUUAUCUGGAAAGUGAUGAAGAUUAACAAUCAUUCUGAAGAUCCCACAAUUCUCUUUGGUUAUGAUAGCAAAGAUGAUGAAAAUGGAUUUCCCGGCGAAAUCAGAGUCACCGUCCGGUACCUCCUCCGUUCGGAUAACCGACUGAGAGUGACGAUGAAAGCUAGAGCUUUAAAAAAGGCUACCCCUGUGAAUCUAGCACAGCAUACAUAUUGGAACCUUGGUAACCACGACAGUGGUGAUAUCUUGUCCGAAGAAAUCCAGCUUUUCGCCUCCCGAUUCACUCCAGUGGAUGAACACCUUAUUCCAACAGGCGUAUUGUCCACGGUACGAGGAACUCCAUACGAUUUCCUCAAACCGCGGACGAUCGGAAGCCGGAUCAGGGAACUUGGGAAAGGUUACGACAUAAACUACGUGAUCGACGGUCCGGACGAUCCAAAAAAGCUGAAGAAAACAGCAAUAGUGAAGGAUAAGAAGUCGGGGAGAAUGAUGAAAGUGUAUACGAAUCAGGCGGGUGUGCAAUUCUAUAGCGGAAACUUGAUAAAGCGUGAGAAGGGAAAAGGAGGGUUUAUAUACAAACCUCAUGCAGGGCUGUGUUUGGAGACUCAAGGCUUUCCUGAUGCACUGAAUCACCAGAAUUUCCCUUCACAAAUCAUUUCGCCUGGAAAGCCUUACAAGCAUAAAAUGCUCUUCAAGUUCUUAACUGCAAAGGACAACAAAUCUGAUAAGUCGUCAAGGCUCGCUGAGAUUGAUUUCGAUUAG